CUGACAGGAAGAGUUGCAGUUGCUGGCAACAUGAGGUUCCGAUUUUGUGGUGAUCUGGACUGCCCUGACUGGGUCCUGGCAGAAAUUAGUACCCUUGCUCGAAUAUCCUCUGUUAAGUUGAAGCUGAUUUGUGCCCAGGUAUUCAAAGAACAACUUGGAGAGAAAAUUGAUUAUGAAAAAAUCUUGAAGCUGACAUCAGAUGCACGGUUUGAAUCUGGUGACAUUAAAGCCACAGUCUCAGUCCUAUCCUUUAUUCUGUCAAGCGCAGCCAAACAUAAUGUGAGCAGUGACAACUUAUCCAGUGAGCUUCAGCAACUAGGUCUGCCCAAAGAACAUGCAGCAUCCCUGUGUCGAUCGUAUGAAGAGAAGCAAAGUGCUCUGCAAGAGACAUUGAGGGAGAGCAGUCUACGCUUGACACGCAUGUCUUCAUUGAGCUGGCGGGUUGACCAGACACUUAGUUCCAGUAUCCUACAGAAUGUGAAUGAGCCCCUUGUGCACCUUAACCUGUCAUUGGCAGAUGCUGACCUUCCCAGACCUGUCACUGUGACAUUGUCUGCCACCAAACUGCGAGUUCUGUUGACUGAGCUGAAACAAGCCCUGGAAAUGAUGAAUGCCUUGAACUGAUCCAGAGGAAUUUGCUCCCCGUUCUGUGCAAAAUAAUAUUUGUAAAGCAAUAUCAGAUUCUAAUGACUCCAAGAGAGAGAGACUCAGGCUCAUCAGAAAAAGCAAGAGACUCCUUUUCACAAAGCUCUUCCACGCAGUGCAGUAUUCAUGGUAUGGAGCUGUACAACGCAUUAACUCUUUGUACUGCUCACUGAAUAGGUCCUUGUGGAGAAUUGCGUGGCGUUACAAGUCAGUAGCUGCAGUCUUGUUUUCUUGGAAGAUGAUGUCCCACCAAGACUGUAAUCCUUAGCUGAAGGAUUGAACAAAUCACAUGGCUGCAUUGCUCAUCCAACACCGACCUAAGCUCCAGUGUCUUGUGUCUUCUUGGAAAUUGCAAGAGUUGUUUCAGGCAUAUGAACAUUCCUUCCAUAUAUGUGUCAUUGUAUACAUCUGGUAUAAAUUUCUAUAUAUUAUACCACUAGUGCAGGGAUAUUGGUAUAGAUUAACUUUAUUCCUCAAUGU